ACAGGGGCAGGGCCGGAGCUGGCCGCCCGCCGCCGGUGUCGUGCUCCCCGCCCCGCAUAGGCCGUGUCGGGGGUUGCGGGCUGCCCCAGCCGCAGCUACGCCCGGCGCCGACGGGAGGAGCCACGAAGGUCCUGCCCCGAGGAAUGGCUGCGGAUGUCCACAAGAAGAAAGGCUGGGAAGUGCCCAACGGGUCCCUGACACCAGGAGAUGGGCAGCACACAGAGCGGUCCGAGAGCCCCACACCAGGGCUGGCACAGGGGACGGAGCCAGGGGCGGGCCAGGAGGGAGCCAUGUUCGUGCACACCCGCUCCUAUGAGGACCUGACGAGUCCCGAGGACGGAGCAGCUGUGGCGCGGAGCCCGGAGGAGAGGUGUGGGGAGCCGGGCGAGCCGACCACCAUGGAGCAGAUCAGCAAGGACUUUAGCGAGCUGAGCACACAGCUCACGGGCAUGGCCCUCGACCUGGAGGAGGAGAUGAGGCAGAGCAAGGAGGGGAAGCUGGAGCCAUCCCCGCAGACCACCCGCCGAGACUCGGUGCUGUCAGGCAAGGAGGAGGAGGAUGUGACCAUGGACGCCUGGCGCAUGCAUCGGAAGCAUGUCUUUGUGCUGAGCGAGGCGGGCAAGCCUGUGUACUCCCGCUACGGCUCUGAGGAGGCCCUGUCCAGCACCAUGGGUGUCAUGAUGGCCCUGGUGUCCUUCCUGGAGGCUGAGAAAAACGCCAUCCGGUCCAUUCAUGCAGAUGGCUACAAGGUGGUGUUUGUGCGGAGGAGCCCGCUGGUGCUGGUGGCAGUGGCACGGACCCGGCAGUCGGAGCAGGAGAUCGCCCACGAGCUGCUUUACAUCUACUACCAGAUCCUGAGCCUACUCACUUGGACCCAGCUCAACCACAUCUUCCAGCAGAAGCAGAACUAUGACCUACGCAGGCUCCUGGCUGGCUCCGAGCGCAUCACUGACAACCUGCUGGACCUCAUGGCCCACGACCCCAGCUUCCUCAUGGGCGCUGUGCGCUGCCUGCCCUUGGCUGCCAGUGUGCGGGACGCUGUCAGCUCCAGCCUCCAGCAGGCCAAGGCCAAGAGCCUGGUCUUCUCCAUUCUUCUGUCGGGGAACCAGCUGGUGUCUCUUGUGAGGAAGAAGGACCAGUUCCUCCACCCCAUUGACCUCCAUCUGCUCUUUAACCUCAUCAGCUCUUCUUCCUCCUUCCGGGAGGGGGAAGCCUGGACUCCCAUUUGCCUCCCAAAGUUCAACUCCAGCGGCUUUUUCCAUGCCCACAUUUCCUACCUGGAGCAGGAGAUGGACCUGUGCCUCCUGCUGGUCUCCACUGACCGCGAGGACUUCUUCACUGUGUCUGACUGUAAGCGGCGCUUCCAGGAGCGGCUGCGGCGGCGGGGGGUGCACCAUGCUCUCCAGGAGGCCCUGCGCACCCCCUUCUACAGCGUGGCCCAGGUGGGCAUCCCCGACCUCCGGCACUUCAUCUACAAGUCCAAGAGCUCUGGGCUCUUCACCAGCCCUGAGAUUGAGGCACCCUACGUGCGGGAGGAGGAGAAGGAGAGGCUCUUAGGGCUCUACCAGUACCUCCACAGCCGGGCUCACAACUCUUCACGCCCCCUGAAGAACAUCUACUUCACGGGCCCCCGUGAGAACCUCCUGGCUUGGGUAACCAGCGCCUUUGAGCUCUACAUAUGCUAUAGUCCCCUGGGGACCAAGGCCGGCGCCAUCAGUGCUGUCAACAAGCUCAUGAAGUGGAUCCGCAAGGAGGAAGACCGACUUUUCAUCCUCACACCUCAGACAUACUGAUGGGCAUUGCCCAGGGCAUGGUACCAGCCAGGAGAGCUCCUGCUGUGCCGGGGAGCCCAUCCCUAGGGAGGCCUGGGCCAUGUGUCCAGGUGAGAGGCAUGGUGGGAUGAUGGAGCACAGGGAAACCCACCCAUGGACUGUCCAACCUGGGUGUUAGAGACAGGGUGCACAGCCAGGGGAAGGGGUGAGCAGAACUUUCAUCUGCAGGCAGUGCCCCCAGCUGGGAGGGCUGCCCUUCCUCUGUGGCCUCCAACUCCAUCCUUUGUUGGGAGGGUCCUUGAGUGGGGCUACUGGUACCCCAGGUUGCUGGAAGGGAUCUGAGCCCCUGUGCCUGGCACCCUCCUUUCUCUGCCAUCCUGUGGCUGUGUCAAGGGUGGGGGUUCACAGAAGAGAUGUGGCAGUGCUCAGGGGACCCCUGUGCUGCUCUGCCUGCAGGUAGUGGCUGACACCACCCAGGCAGGGGACAGGGCUGGCCCAGGGCAUUCACUGCUCUUCUCCCAGCCACGGGGGAGCCAGGCCCCCCAAGUGCCAGGCAGCCCUGGAGCCCUGCCCUGACAGGUUUGACCCCUUAGUAUCUGUGUGAGCCCAGACCCUUCCCACCAUGGCCAUGGGAAGUAUGGCUCUGGGGACACUGGUCAUUAGUGUACGGGUCAACUGCUCCACUGGGACAGCAGGGUCCUGCCCACCUCCCCAUGGAGACACAGAGCAGUCCAAGAGAGACUCAGGGUACCAGGGUGCCCAUUGGGGUGAUUGUAGGGCUGGCUCCUGGGCAGCAGACCCUAAAGGGAUGUCUCAGGUACAGCCUCUUGGAGACCUGCAGGCUCUGGUGUCCCCCCCAGCCCAAGAAGGGUCUUCCCCUUUGCAUGGGGGCACCUGGCCCCAAACCAGCUGCUCGAGCCAGCUAUGCUGAGCUUGCUGCAUGGGGGCCACCUCCUCCUGGCUGUCCCCAGGCACUAGUGUGGGGCUGAGUGGCCCUGAACACCAGCCACAGCCCGAUACCGUGUUUUGGGGCUGUUUGCUGAGCACUAGGACGAGUGUUCAAAAGAUGGGCAGAGCCACUGCGGUGGCAGCCAAAUGCAGAGGGAGCUGGGAAGGACCGGCAGGGCUAGCACAGGGACUCCACUCCUGUAUUUAUGCUCCUGCCAGAGUGUAAUCGCUUGUCUUUGCUCAUAAACAUUAUCUGGACCCUAAG